AUGGGUAAUAUUCACCAAAAAGAUCCAAGUCGAAAAAGUUCACCCAUUUCUAUUUCUUUAACAAAGGGAAUUUCUUUUGAAGAAACUCCUAAUGAAACAAAUGAAAUUUCACCUGUCGUUGUUUGGUGUGAUGCAUCAAUUGGUUUAAGUACAAAUUCAAAUGAUGAUAUUAAUACAUUAGUUCAACUUGGACGUAUUGUAAGUAAAAAACGGAAACUUGUACAUACAUUUAAUGAUAUAAAUAUAUGUCAAGAUUUUAUAAAACAUGUCAAUAAUAUUUUUCUUAUUGUAUCUGGUACAAUGGGAAAACAACUUAUACCAUUAGUACAUAAUCUUGAUCAAAUUCAUUCGAUAUUUAUUUUCUGUUUAAAUAAAUCUAAUUAUCAAUCAUGGGCAAAACAAUAUAAAAAAGUUCUUGGAGUAUUUACCGAUAUAGGAGAAAUAUGUGAACGUUUGAAAAAAUAUUUUAUUUUACAAUCAUCAUAUGAAUAUGAACAAUUACAAUUUGAUAUUUUAAAUAAAAAUUUUAAAUUACCAACUACAGAUCAAGAAGAAGUACCAUAUAUAUAUGCAAUAUUAAGUAAACUAAUAUUAUGUGAUAUGAAUUCAAUAAUACAAAAAGAUAUGAUAAAUUAUUGUCGAACAGAAUAUAGAAGUAAAAAUCAAAUGACAAUAAUUGAUCAAUUUGAAAAAAAUUAUUCUGAACAUAAUCCUAUAUGGUGGUUUACAAGAGAUAAUUUUUUUCAAGAAAUUAUUAAUCGUGCAUUACAAUUAAAUGAUUUAUAUACAUUAUGUAUGAUGACUCCAUUUUUAAAAGAUCUUAAUCAUAAACUUAAACAAUUAUAUAGAGAACAAAAGUCUUCACCAUCAAAAAUACUUAAUCUUUAUUUCAGUCAAUUAAUAUCAAAUACUGACUUUGUUAAAUUGCUAUCAAAUCAAGAUGGAAUUCUGUGUAUUAAUGAAUUUCUAUUUGCAAAUACAGAAAAAACUGUACCAUUAACGUAUAUUCAACAUCAAGGUUCUAAAACAAAUGCUAAUAAUAUUAAAGUUCUUUUUAAAAUUUCUAUUCCACAAACAAAUGAAUUGAAUUUUUGGUAUGCUAAUAUUGGUACUGUAAGUGAAUUUGUUCAUGAAGAAGAAUAUCUUUUAUCAAUGUCAAGUAUAUUUCGUAUUGGGAAAGUUGAACAAUUUGCUGAUCCUUCAUCAGUUUGGUUGGUUCAUUUAACAGCGAUAGAUAAAGCUGAUAAUCAAUUAACUGAUCUUACACAAUUUAUAAAUGUAGAUGAUUUACGUCAAAAUAAUGAUUUAUCUCAAUUAGGUUCUACAAUUACAGAUAAAUUAUAUUGCUUUAAACCAAUAAGAAAAUUAUUGGAACAACUAUUUAAUUCUGAAACUAAAUUGAUUCGACCGAUUCUUUUACAUUACAAUAUGGGAAUUAUAUAUGAUUGUUUAAAUGAAUAUCAAAAAGCAUUAGAAGAAUAUAAAUCGGCAAUAAAUUUAACUCGAAAUUUUACACCUGAUAAUCGUCAAAAAGAUAGUUUAUGUCUUGUACCAUUAUUUUCAAAUAUGGGAUUAGCCUAUCAACAUCUGAAUAUAGCUAGUCAUGCAUUUGAGCAUGCUUUUCGUGCAUUAAAUAUUCUUUCGAAUAAUCGAGAAAAUUCAAUAUUUCCGUCUGAACUAUUUGCUUCAACCUAUUUUAAUCUUGGUUCAAUACUUCAUCUACAAGGAAAAAUAUCUGAAGCAAAAUGUUAUUAUGAACAUGCAUUAAAAAGUCGCUGUGAAUAUUUACCAAACGGUCAUCCAGAUGUAUCUAAUUUACAGAAUAUUGUUAGAUCAUUAUCUUCUUAA